AUGCCCAGGUAUCAACCAAACCAUCAGAAUGGUAAUCGUGAGCAAGACUGGGCCAGAGAAUUGUUUGACGUCGGACUAGCUUUGCCUCCCCGAGAUCCUCCAAAAGCAAAUGCAGCUCAUAGCACGGGAGGAACGUCAAAAGCAAAUACCGCUCAUAGCACGGGAGGAACUUCGAAAGCAAGUAGGCAAGACUUCACGGACGUCAGGGAUCGAUUGAUUCAGCAGACCAGCAACUUUGUCAAUGCUAUUAACAAGCUAAGGGUAAUCGACCCAAAACGAAGACAGCCACAAGACGUGCUCGAGGACCAAGACAAGAAUCGGGACAAACAUAGAUGCCAGACCAAGGUCUUGUUGUUGGGAGAUGGCCAGCAAGUGUGGGCAAUCCUUUCCUCUUCUCAUGGAGUGUCCAUUGGACGAUCUUCAAAGAAUGAUAUCGUACUGGACAAAACUCACAAAACCGUCUCCAAGUUCCAUGCUAGGAUCCAAUGGUGUCCCGGUGUAAACCAGUCAGCAGGAUUCUUCGAGCUGCUGGACGAGUCCGCAACUGGGAGCUCAGUGAACGACAUGUAUCUCAGCAACUCGUCCGCGAAAUUGAAGAAGGGCGAUCUUAUCUUCCUGGGUGGCAAAGAGAGCGGAAAGAAACUUGAUGUCAUAGGAGUAUUCGAAGAGAAAACGGCCUCGAAGAUUGAAGGUCAAUCGAAUCUUGAGAAGAAUACCAUGAGAGAUCACUCAUAUACAACGGAAUUCUCUACGAAAGCAAACCAGAAUGUUGUGCACAAAGACCAGAGAGACACAUCCUCAUGGAUAUGGUUCAAAGAAUCUGACGGGUACAGAGGACAGUCUGAGAGCAUACUCAGCAGUUUGAGCCAGGAGAGCACUCCCCGCCAGGAAUUUAUUCAGACGAAUGGAAGCGUACCACCUAUCAAGAAAGAAUUCAAGAAAAUAAGUAAUGAUCCCCUGCCUAUCAACAGCCUCCUUCCGGUCCAACUCACGCCGUCGUAUGUAAAGAGACAUGGAUUACACUCUUAG